AUGUCUAAGAACGGGAAUUUGACAGAUGGUCUAAAGUCAUCAUCGGCAUCAUUUUCGUGGGCUCUAUUUGUAUCACUGGGUUUUGUAUGGAUUCCGGGGAUCGUCUGCAAUAUUAUCGCACUCAUUUACAUCAUCCGGGAUAUCAGGAAAGCAGUUUUUCCCGCAAUUUUCCUGCUUCUUAUUUUCGUCUGCUGCGAUUUGACAGCCGUCAUUUGCUCGACUCUGAAUUACAUUGUGGUAUUUUACAUUCAAAAUGUAACGACGUUCUACGUUUUCUUCAGAGUGGCAUCCGCUUUCAUGAACCUUAUAAUGGCGGUAGACAGGUAUCUGGCAAUUUGCCAACCAUUCAUUUACAAACGGAGCGUCACCGUCGGAACGUGGAAGGUAACCUGCCUUAUCGCCUGCCUUUCUAUAAUGGUAUAUUGUAUGUUUGCUGUUGUGGGACUCGGUGACGUUAACGUUUUGAAGACAGACGGAAGCGUCAGAUGUAGUUCGCUUGCCUACUCGUUAAAGCCUACACAACGUGUUUUUGGUAUGAUGUUUCCGUUGAUUGGAUUUUUGUGUACGCUAACUAUUGUGGUCCUCAACAUGAUUGUCGUACGGGAACUAUUUCGACUUAAAAACCGCGUCGCAGCUAUAAGUUCGACUCUGGAAGGGAGUUCCAGCACCGACACUUCCGGUAAUGCCAGUGCAGCCGCCAAAACGGUGGUGAUAGUCAACCAAUUUGACGUUCUGGUAAAUACUGCGAUCGUGGGCCCCAUUAACUUUCUGGCGGCUACCAUCUACACUGUGGACUCAAUUGUCUACAUACUAAUGCGCAAAACCUCUCUUAAACGGAUGAGAGAUAUGGUGUGUCGGUUUUGUACACGUGACAAGUCUAAUGAUAAUAUGCGUGUUUAA